UUCUCAACUCCCCGCCUUCUAAAACCUUAAAAUCCUAAAUAUCCAUACUCCCAAACCUAAAAACGCCACUCUAUCAUUAUCUACCGCUAUCAAUAAAUCUCUGGUGGUCCCAAUCCAGUUUGCAGAAAAAUUACGUCAAUGAGUUCCACGAGAAAGGGUGCAAAAACGUUUCGACUGACAAGAUCGUAACACAAAUUACGAAAUUGCGAAGUGUCCAGUGUGCGGAGCAGAGGGGAUACAGACUUGACGUCGGCUCUCGAAAGUUGCGUGCACGUUCAGCGAAUGACUGUCGUAAUUAAUUAAACAAACGAACGUAGCUGGCGGGCUUAUCGAACAUCAAAGACGAGAAAUCGCGAGUAGGAUGAAUGGUAGCCCGCCGCUAAGCCGGCUACAGUAGUAAUCCAGUGCAACGACGUGCGGUAUCGCACAACAGAGUCAUGUCACCGGUUGAAACUCUACUCUUCCUGGCGAUUGUUCUAGUGUCAGCGUACGCGUAUCCGCAGAAUACAUUCUUGAACGAUGUGGAGACGGUCAUCAAGUCUGUGUUCAAGGUUCACCGUGAACCAGCUACCUUCAAUUUGUACACCAGAGAAAAUCCAUUCGGUGAAGAGCAGUUAUUUCUGAACAACACCGAGGUUUUGUACGCAUCGCAUUUCAACGAAAGUCGUCCAACGAAGUUCGUCAUUCACGGAUACAGCGACACCGGAAACGAAGCUUGGGUACGAGGUUUGAUUGAUGCGUAUCUGCUUCACGAAGACGUGAACGUGAUCGUCGUAGGAUGGGGAGUUUUGGCCGCGGAUAUAUAUCCGGUGGCUGCGAACAACACUCGUCGCGUGGGGGAAUUUCUUGGUGAUUUCCUAGAAUUUUUAAAUCGUGAAUCGAAUUUGGAAUACAAGGACGUACAUAUCAGUGGACAUAGUUUGGGAUCGCACGUGGCUGGAUUCGCUGGUGCUUACUUGGAGGGACGCAUUGGUAGAAUAACAGGUCUAGAUCCAGCCAGUCCCCUGUUCGAGACGAUUUCCGGCAUCGUUGAUCCAGAAUUCAGAUUAGACCCAACAGAUGCACAAUUUGUGGAUGUGAUCCACACCAGUGGUCCUGCGUUCGGAUUUUUAGCUCCUCUAGGUCAUGCAGAUUUUUAUCCUAAUAAUGGCAGGUUUCCUCAGCCUGGGUGCUCGUUCUUGCCAACUACAAUGUUUAAAUGUUUAGCCUACUGUAGCCAUUCACGAGCACAUCAAUUCAUGACGGAGAGCAUAGGAAGCACGGCUGGUUUCAAGGCUAGAACUUGCGAAAGCUGGGAAAAAUACAAGGAGGGACAUUGCGAUUACAACCCCAUUGUUCUUAUGGGAGAAUAUGCUUCCACCUCGUUGCGAGGAAAAUUUUAUCUAUCAACGAACGACGCUCCUCCAUUCGCGAUAGAAUAAACGGUUCGAGAAAACGAUAUCGGCAAACCUGGAACGACCGUGUGAUGGCGAUCGUGAUUUUCACGACAUCAAAAUGAUCAGUACUAGUCAUUUACAAGUUACUCCUUAUUUAUGCAAUGUGCGCAGGUUUAUUCGAACCUUCUGAAUCAAGAAAAAGAACGAACGAGAUUGAAGUCGAUGGCGAAGCGCUGUCGUUUUAUGUCGUGCAUAGAAAGUACAAAUUAUAUUAAUUAACGUGGUAUACUUAGAUAAUAACUCUCUCUAGCUCUCUUUCUCAAUGUCUCUCUCUUAUGUUCGUGUAGAAGGAACAGUAAAUAAAUGUUAUUGGUUACUCAAA